GUUUGAGAGCACUGUGCAGGUUGGCAAACUGCAGGACCUUAUCAACCGAAGUAAGAUGGCGAGGUGUAGAGGACGAUUUGUUUGCCCAGUCAUUCUGUACAAGGGAAAGCAUAUAUGCAGAUCAGCAACGUUGGCCGGCUGGGGAGAGCUCUAUGGGCGCACUGGCUACAACUACAUCUUCUCAGGAGGUUCUGACGAUGCUUGGGCAGAUGCAGAAGACAUUUCAGAGGAAGAUUCUGCACUUAGAAAUGCAGACUCCCAGCUGUUUGACAAGGUCAGAGGGCAUGACAUCAAGCUGCUUCGAUACCUGUCUGUCCGAUAUAUCUGUGACCUGAUGGUGGAAAACAAGAAGGUGAAGUUUGGCUUGAAUGUGACAUCAUCUGAGAAGGUGGACAAAGCUCAACGUUACGCUGAUUUCACACUUCUCUCCAUCCCAUAUCCAGGCUGUGAAUUUUUUAAGGAGUACAAAGACCGGGAUUAUACAGCUGAAGGUCUCAUAUUUAACUGGAAACAGGAUUACGUAGAUGCUCCAUUAAGUAUCCCGGUCUCUCUGACCCAAUCUCUGAAUAUUGAUUGGAGCGAGUACCAGAGCUGGGACCUUGUGCAACAGACACAGAACUACCUGAAGCUGCUGAUCUCCAUCAUCAAUAGUGAUGAUGACAGCGGGCUCCUGGUGCACUGUAUAUCCGGCUGGGAUCGAACUCCUCUCUUCAUCUCCUUAUUGCGCCUCUCCUUAUGGGCUGAUGGGCUGAUCCAUGCGUCUCUGGAGCCGUCUGAGAUUCUCUACCUGACAGUGGCCUAUGACUGGUUUCUCUUUGGGCACAUGUUAGUCGAUCGACUCAGUAAAGGAGAAGAGGUUUUCUUUUUCUGCUUCAAUUUUCUGAAGCACAUCACCUCUGAGGAGUUCUCUGCUGUGAAGUCACAGAGAAGGAAGAGUUUGCCGCCUGGCUUCACCCUGGAAGAGAUCUGCAUGCUCAAGCAGAGAGACCGAGGCAGCACCACAAGUCUGAGCAGCGACUUCUCCCUGGGGACAGAAAGUUCCCCUGGAGCAGCUGGGAGCUUCACCUAUGAAGCAGUGGAGCUGAUGCCAGCAGGAGCACAGGCUCAAGCAGCAUGGAGGAAGAGCUGUGCAUCGUCACCACAAGCCGUGCUCUGGAGCAGGUCACAACAGUCUGAAGACAGGCUGCCUUCUGCAGGGAUGGUCGAAGUCAAGUCCUCCAGCUCCUCCUCAUCAACCCAUUCUGAUAACUUCCUGAGGAUUGGAAGCAGCCCACUGGAAGUGCCCAGAUCCAGAUCGGCGGACCAUUCUCUGCCCGGAUCUUCCGUUUCCACAGACUUUGGCAGCUGGCAGAUGGUGACAGGGUGUGGCAGUAUUCGGGAGCAGGCAAUCCUGAGCACAGACGCCUCUCUCCCUUGCAGCUUCCCGGAUGAGUUCCCUAGCACUUGCCUGCUGGUGUCAGCGAGCGACCGUGAGUCACGGCUGGAAGAAGUGCGUUCCGCCUUU